AUGUGUGAAGGGCCAUCCAGGAUUUGUGGACCCAUUCCUCCAGACCCUACGCUCUUUCCAAACUAUUACAAACGCCCCUUCUCAGCUCGAGGGAGGCUGGAAGGGAAUGCUCUCAAUCUGGAUUUUACCUCUGACCCUCUGGAUCCAGUUCCUAACCCUUAUAGAGCCUGCCAGGUCCAACCAGCCCCUCGCAUUCGCCCCAGUGGAAGGGAAUUCCUGGCGAAGGGACGGAAGGGGAUGCUCAGUCUCUUACUGCAGCUCGAAGGGCUCUCCGUUGAUGGGAGGCUGCCAGUCGAGAAGAAAGAGUCCAAGGAUCAUGAGAAGGAAAAUGUAAGGCGAAUAAAGGAGAUUCAGAAGAAGUACAAAGAGAAGGAGCAAGCCCAAGAGCACAGCAAGCCCAAGCCUGUGAAAGCUCUCUGGAAAUCCCAGAAAUACAAAAACGUGGAGUCAAAGGUGAAGGCCAAGCUCCAGGAGAGCUCCCCACCUCCAAAUCCAGAGGCUCUGAAAUUCCUGAGGGCAUAUUCUCGCUGUGGCCCUGGGAUCAAGCCAUACAGACUGCUCUGCCCAGGGCCUGCCAGAAUGAAAGCAGGAGCAGACACAGUGGAUCCAGAGGCACUGGGCGUUGAAAUCAAGGUGGAGGGCAGGAGCAUUGACUUCAUUAAGCACAACGCCCGCAGUGCCAAGCGGGCCAUGCUGCGGCGGUCCCUGUCUGAGCAGGCGCUGGCUGAGCUGCUGCAACAGAAGCACCAGGAGCAGGAGGACUACAACACCAAGCAAAAGGGCCAUGUCCCCCAGUAUCUGCUGGAGAGGAAGGAGCUGUGGCGCAGAGAGAGGGAGGAGCGACUGCGAAACCUGCCAGAUCCCAACAUGCCACCUGGUCAUACCAUGAUGCCGGAGGACCAGCAGCUGGAGACCCUCAGGAGUCUGAAGCAGAACCAGGAGCAGCUGGUAAAGGACCUGGUGAUGCUGCCAGUAAGGGCAGACACCCUCAGUGUCCAGAAGAGGCGGGUGGAGCUGGAGAGGAAGCUCUCCCAGAUAGAAGAGGCCAUCAAAAUUUUCUCGAGGCCCAAGGUCUUCAUCAAGCUGGACUCUUGA